GUGGUCGCUGCUGCUGCUCCUCAUAAUUGCCCUGCUGUUGCUUGAAAAGGGAACAUGGGUGAUGGCAUCCAGGGUGAUUUGGUGCCCACUGGAAAUCUGUGCUGUCUGCGGGUGACAAAUACCUUAGCACCUAGAACAAUGAAGAUUGCUGUGGUUUUAAGACAUCAUCGGUCAGAUUAGUUCAUAAAGGGAAAAUGGAUACGACCACGAUUUUACCGAUCUUGAAGAAGAAAUUGGCUUUUCUCUCAGGAGGAAAGGACAGAAGAAGUGGCCUCAUUCUGACAAUCCCACUGUGCUCAGACCAGACCAGUAUGGAUGAACUAAGUGUAACCCUGGAUUACUUGCUUAGCAUCCCAAGUGAGAAGUGCAAAGCCAGAGGGUUCACAGUUAUCGUGGAUGGAAGGAAGUCGCAGUGGAAUGUUGUGAAGACUGUGGUUCUAAUGUUACAGAAUGUUGUUCCAGCUGAAGUUUCACUGGUUUGUGUGGUAAAGCCAGAUGAGUUUUGGGAUAAGAAGGUCACCCAUUUUUGUUUUUGGAAGGAAAAAGACAGAUUGGGUUUUGAGGUGAUCUUAGUAUCUGGGAACAAACUAACAAGGUACAUAGAGCCUAGCCAGCUGACAGAACAAUUUGGCGGAAGCCUCACCUAUGACCAUAUGGACUGGUUGAAUAAAAGGCUAGUAUUUGAGAAGUUCACAAAGGAAUCCACAUCACUUCUGGACGAGCUUGCUGUUAUCAACAAUGGAAGUGAUAAGGGAAGCCAGGACGAGAAGGAGAGGUCAGUUGAUUUCAAUUAUCUCCCAUCUGUUGACCCAGAGACUGUUUUGCAGACAGGUCAUGAGCUGUUAUCAGAACUGCAGCAACGCCGUUUUAAUGGGUCUGAUGGAGGAGUUUCUUGGUCUCCGAUGGAUGAUGAGCUUCUGGCUCAGCCUCAGGUCAUGAAGUUACUCGAUUCACUUCGCGAGCAGUAUACACGGUAUCAAGAGGUGUGCCGACAGCGCAGCAAGCGCACUCAGUUAGAUGAGAUUCAGCAGAAGGUCAUGCAGGUUGUCGGCUGGUUGGAAGGACCGGGUUCAGAACAGCUCCGAACUCAGUGGGGGAUUGGAGAUUCAUUCAGAGCGUCGCAGGCUUUUCAACAGAAGCAUGAAGAGAUUGAGAGUCAGCACAGUGAAUGGUUUGCUGUGUAUGUGGAACUGAAUCAGCAGAUAGCAGCUCUCCUCAAUGCUGGGGAUGAAGAGGAUCUUGUAGAACUGAAAACCUUACAGCAGCGUCUCAGUGAUGUGUGCUACCGACAGGCCAGCCAGCUAGAGUUCCGGCAAAACCUGCUUCAGAUUGCACUAGAGUUUCACAGCGUUGCACAAGAUUUAUCUCAGCAGCUGGAUGGACUCCUAGGGAUGCUUUGUGUUGAUGUGGCCCCUUCAGAUGGAUCAGCAAUCCAACAAACAUUAAAAUUGCUUGAGGAGAAGCUUAAAAGUGUUGACACAGGCCUCCAGGGCUUACGUGACAAAGGUCAAGGGCUUUUAGAUCAGAUUACCAACCAGGCAACUUGGGCUUAUGGCAAAGAUGUCUCUACUGAAAACAAAGAUAACGUGGACCAUAUCCAAGGUGUAAUGGAAGAUAUGCAACUAAGGAAACAGCGGUGUGAAGAUAUGGUUGAUGUCCGAAGGUUAAAAAUGCUACAGAUGGUUCAGCUAUUUAAAUGUGAAGAAGAUGCAGCUCAGGCAGUAGACUGGUUAAACGAGUUGCUUGAUGCCUUACUCAAAACUCAUAUUCGACUCGGCGAUGAUAGUCAAGAGACCAAAAUUCUUUUGGAAAAACACAGAAAGUUUGUCGAUGUAGCCCAGAGUACAUAUGAUUACGGGCGACAGUUACUGCAAGCUACCGUUGUACUGUGUCAGUCACUUAGAUGUACAUCAAGGUCAUCUGGGGACACGCUCCCCAAACUUAACAGAGUGUGGAAACAGUUCACGAUAACCUCAGAGGAGAGAGUUCACCGGCUGGAAAUGGCUCUUGCAUUUAAUUCAAAUGCCGAAAAGAUUUUACAAGAAUGCCCAGAUCUUGGUGAGGCUGUGAUGGAGUUUGAACAGUUUGAUGAGGUUGAAGCUGUUGGGAAAUCUCUGCUGGACAGAUUAACAGUGCCUGUAAUUUAUCCCGAUGGGACUGAACAGUAUUUCGGAACGCCAAGUGACAUGGCUUCCACGGCAGAAAAUAUAAGAGAGAGAAUUAAGAUGGUUUGUUUGAAAAAACAGCAGCUCUUAGAGCCUGAUGAGUCCACAAGAGAAAGCUAAUAGACUGGUCUCUCCUUUUUCUCAUGUCAAGACUGCGGUUUGUAAGAUAGCAUGUCAUCGGCAUAUUACACCGUUCAGUAUAAUCCAUUAAAAUGCAUUUCAGACCCAUCCUAAGCAGCAUCUUCUCCACCUAAACAUUGUUCUUGUAUUGUGACUUUUCAUCUAUAAAGCCUUACUUAUUUAAUAUGCUGAGAAAUCAUCAACUGGAACGCUAAGAGUUAGUAUUGCCUUGGACACGCAAUUGUGUGAUCUGCAGACAUGCCUCCUGGCACCUUUACAUGCCUUUUCAUCUAGUGUUUUAUUCAAAGCCUGAAUGUAGGAAAUUUGCCUAUUAAUCGCAAAGACAAUUCCUAAGAAGCGAGCACAAAAGUGCAAUCAAAAAACCAACAGGAAUAAAACACACAAAAAAGGGAUAAAAGUACAUUUGAGCAUAUCAGAUGGAUGAACUUGCUCCGUAAGUAUCAGCUAGCAAGCAAAUCGUCUUGUCUAAGCCCAUUUUAUACAGAACUUAUAGGUAUGUGAAUGCAUCUACCAGGAAAAUGAUUGGGGUAUAACCAAUGCAUUCUCUACAGCGCCCCAAUACGCCUUUGAUAAGCAGAGCUCAAAGAAUAGUUUCAUUAUUGCACUGAUUUACUUUCCAAUAUCUUUGCUGCUGGAAGAGCACAAAUAAGGGAUGGACGCUUGUUUCUGUAUAGCACUAAAAGUCAAUGCUGAAUUAUAAUCAUCCUCUGCAGGAUCAGUAAGGACAAGAAUUUGCUUGUUAAAUAAAAGGAAGUCUGAGGGGCAAAUGGAUUGUAUCAGGGAUGUCAUAUCUGUGGUCAUCCAGCUUUUAGUGGUCUUGUACUAUCAACGCCAACAGCUGUUGCCCCCUAAGUUGGACUUUCCCUACCCACCUUAGGCAGGGAGUUGUAGCUCCAUAAUUUGGAUUUCCCUGAGGUGCCUUAAGCAGUCUGUGGUAUCCUGGGAGUUACAGCUUACCAACAGCUCGGUGAGGUGGGUGUUGGCCUUCAGCUCCAUUGCUAUUGGCUGUCCAUGAUAUAUGACAUUUAUUCCUAGAUUAGUCGCUGGUUAAAGCUUUUCAAUGGUGCUACCGAAAUUGAAGAUAAAAAUUCUCAUUAAUAAUAAUAAGACUUUAAAGAGCUGUUAUUGACCAGAUAAUGUAGUCUUUUUUUGGACGUGGGUAAUAUACCUGUUGUUUUUUAGGCAGUAGUGUACUUCCACAUGUGUCUUAUUACCUGAAGACAUUUCCUUUUUUAUUGUGCCAUUAUGAAAACUGUCCAUGAAACCUUUGAUAUGUCAUAUUCAUGAACCAUUGUUUUCUCACUUGUAUGAAACAAUGUAUUUAAAGCGGUUUGUGCUGAAUAAAACCAUCUUUGUAA